AUGGUCGUUGAUACCGCCUUCUACGAUUUGCUGGGAGUGGCGCCGAAUUGCUCAGCCGCGGAGCUCAAGAGGGCAUAUCGAAAAGCAUCCCUGCAAAAUCACCCAGACAAGAAUCCUGACGAUCCGGAAGGCGCCAGCGCUCGGUUUCAAGACAUCAGCGCUGCGUACGAGGUCCUCAAUGACGAUGAAACUCGAGCAGCCUAUGACCAGUAUGGCCCGGAUGGAAUGAAGAACGGUGGCAUGGGAGGCGACUUUGGUGGCGCAGAUUUUGACAAUGUUUUCGCGUCCAUGUUUGGUGGUAUGGGAGACCAUGGGUUUGGAAGGGGCGGCAUGGGAGGGGGGGGUACACCGCGCACCAAACGACGGACAGAGGACUCGGUGAUCGAGUACGAUGUGACACUCGAAGACCUUUACAAUGGCCGGGUUGCGAAGUUCUCUCUCACACGCGACAUUCUGUGCACACACUGCAAAGGAUCAGGUGCCAAAGAGGGAGCGAAGCCCACCAGCUGUGUCACGUGCGGCGGCAAGGGCCAGAAGGUCGAGAGCAUGUCUGUUGGGGGAGGAUUCAUCUCGCAGCGCGUGGUGAGGUGCUCGGCAUGCGGCGGAGAGGGAAAGAAGAUCCGGGACAAAGACGCGUGCAGGAAAUGCAAAGGCAGCAAGACGCACCUCGAGACCCGAUCAUUAGAGCUUCGUAUCGAGCGCGGGAUGCGUCCAGGGCGGAAAAUCAUUUUUCGAGGAUUGGCCGACAUGGAGCCUGGCGUCCCUGAAACGGGCGAUGUCAUCAUCAUCCUACGGGUUAAGAAGCAUGACACGUUCGAGAUGAAAGGACUCGACCUGAUGGUCCAUGCUCAGCUUAGUCUCAGAGAGGCACUCCUUGGCUUUGAGCGCAUCAUCAUCAAGCACUUGGAUGGACGCUUCAUCAAAGUCCAGAAGCAACCCGGCCAGGUUACUCGCCCCGGAGAUGUUGACCGCAUCAGCGGAGCUGGCAUGCCAAUCGAGCGGGAGAUUGAGUGGGGCGAUCUUUACGUCCACUGGGACAUUCGUUUUCCGGAAGAUGGCGAGCUUGUCGGCGACAAGGCGACAAAACUUGCUGCUCUCUUGCCGGCGCCUCUUCCUGAGCCGCCGCAGGACAAGGACUCGGUUGUAGAUGACGAAGAGCUUGCGCCGGUCAACGUCGAACGUUUUGGAUCUUCCGGCGCCCAUGGCGAUGAGGAGUGGUCCGAUGACGAGGACCAAGAUGGUGCAGAAGGCGUUCAAUGUGCCCAGCAGUAA